GUCUGCUACGGUCACACUGCAGUAAACAGAGUUUUUGAUUUUAUCGUAAAAUUCGCGGAAGAAAAAGAUUUUGAUCUAGUGAAAAACCAUAAAAAAGUUAAGAAAAAAAGUGCAUAAAUGAGUGGAAAAUAAGGCCACUUUUUAGCAAAAGACGACCCAAAUACACAAAACGAAACGAAAGCUAAUUAAAUAUUCUAAACAUGGACGAUGCCAACAUACAGGACAAGGAGCGUUUUGCUAGUCGCGAGAAUCAUUGUGAGAUCGAGCGACGAAGACGAAACAAAAUGACGGCCUAUAUUACCGAAUUGUCCGAUAUGGUGCCCACAUGCAGUGCUUUGGCCAGGAAACCAGAUAAAUUGACCAUCUUGCGCAUGGCAGUGGCUCACAUGAAGGCAUUACGAGGCACUGGGAAUACAAGCAGUGAUGGCACAUACAAGCCCUCUUUCCUAACCGAUCAGGAGUUGAAACAUUUAAUACUGGAAGCAGCCGAUGGCUUUCUUUUUGUUGUCUCCUGCGAUUCGGGACGAGUUAUCUAUGUAUCUGACUCGGUGACACCGGUCUUGAACUAUACCCAAAGUGAGUGGUAUGGCACAAGUCUCUAUGAUCACAUACAUGCUGAUGAUCGGGAGAAGAUCAGAGAACAGCUUUCGACGCAGGAAUCACAGAAUGCUGGCAGGAUUUUGGAUCUGAAAUCGGGCACGGUGAAAAAGGAGGGGCAUCAAUCGUCCAUGCGUUUAAGCAUGGGCGCUCGACGCGGUUUCAUUUGCCGCAUGCGGGUGGGCAAUGUAAAUCCCGAUUCUAUGGUAUCGGGACAUUUAAAUCGUCUAAAGCAACGCAAUUCGCUUGGACCUUCUCGUGAUGGAUCCAAUUAUGCAGUCGUUCAUUGCACCGGUUAUAUUAAAAAUUGGCCACCAACUGAUAUGUUCCCCAAUAUGCAUAUGGAGCGGGAUGUCGAUGAUAUGACCUCGCAUUGCUGUUUGGUGGCCAUUGGCAGAUUGCAAGUGACUUCAACGGCAGCCAACGACAUGAGUGGUUCGAAUAAUCAGAGUGAAUUCAUCACUCGUCAUGCUGUCGAUGGAAAAUUCACUUUUGUGGAUCAGCGAGUUCUCAAUAUCUUGGGUUAUAGCCCAACCGAGUUGCUCGGCAAGAUUUGCUAUGAUUUUUUUCAUCCCGAAGAUCAAAGUCAUAUGAAAGAGUCAUUCGAUCAGGUCCUAAAGCAGAAGGGACAAAUGUUCUCGCUAUUGUAUAGGGUAAGAGCCAAAAAUUCGGAAUAUGUUUGGCUAAGGACCCAGGCAUAUGCAUUCCUCAAUCCCUAUACCGAUGAGGUGGAGUACAUUGUCUGCACAAAUAGCUCUGGUAAGACUAUGCAUGGUCAGCCUCUGGAGCAGGGCGGACCGGGCCAUACACCAGAGCAGCAGCAACAGGCAACUGUACAGAGCGCUGAACAUGUCUAUGUGCAAAACCCCGGUGUGGAUUACACCCGCCGCGAGAGUUCCAGCCAAGAGGCCAUGUAUCAUCCACAAAUGUUAGCCAUGCAAGCUCCAACACCGCAACAGCAGCAGCAGAGACCAAGCUCUGCCCAGCCCCCAGUGGUUUAUUCGUAUGAUACCACUCAUUCACCCUACAGCAGUGCCGGAGGACCAUCACCGUUGGCCAAGAUACCCAAGUCGGGAUCAUCACCGUCGCCGGUGCCCGUGCCGGCAAAUAACUGGGCUGCAUUGCGUCCUCAGCAGCAGCAACCCGUCGCCGAAGCUACCUAUCAGUAUCAACAACAAACGAGUCCGAAUCGCUCACCAAGUGGACCCACUUACACCCAACUGAGUGCAGGCAAUGCGCAGCAGCAGCAACAACAGCGUCAGCCUGGUCCGUAUCAGGCGACAGCAUCGGCUCAACCACCACCGCCAUCGAAUGCUCCCGGUAUGUGGGAUUGGCAAGGUGCUCCCCAUCCCCAUCCACAUCCGCAUCCAGCUCAUCCCACAUCAGCCCAUCCGCAUCCGCAUGGCCAUCCACAUGCAGCUCCGCCUACCGGUGUACCCGGUCAGCCACAACAGGGCCAGGGACAGGAAUUCUCCGAUAUGCUGCAAAUGCUUGAUCAUAGUGCUCCAACCACCUUCGAGGAUCUAAAUAUCAAUAUGUUUAACACACAAUUUGAGUAAAUUUCAAUCCAAUUCCAUCGCGCUUCUCUUUCCAUCAUCAUGAUCCUCCCCUUUCUAACUCUCCCCUCUUUCUCUCCAUACUCUCUCUCAAAGUGCAAUCUAUUGGAACAUUGUUGAAAUAUUUCAAAAAUGCGAAAGAAGCAAAAAAAAAAAACAACUACAAAAUGGAAAAGAAAUAUAAAAAAAAACAACAUGUAAUCUCAUAAAAUAGCCAUUUAAGUUUAUAAACGGUAGUCACGUACAGGCCUCUGAUAUCUUUUAUUUCAUUUUCCCAUCAUAAUCCGCUAAUUUGCAAAAGUGAAAAAUGAAAAGAAACACAACAAAAGAAACGAAAUAUCGAAAAACAAAAACAAAAGAACCAACAAAGUACAUACUUAAUGUAUAUGCGCGCUAAAAUCUUUGUUAAUUCAUAGCACAAAACUUAAAUACUCUACAUAAGACCAGAAUUAUCAGUUUUAUCAGUUAGAUAAUUGAUAAAUUGCCUCUCUUAGAUUUUCAAUUUAUAUGUAUUUUACUUAAUGACUUGAAUUAAUUUAAUAUACAUUUAGUCUGAUUUAUUUUGUGUUAGCAUCUCAGUUUUUUACAAAUUGUUUUCAAAGAUUCCAUGCUCUUGUGAUUGUUUGUACAUUUUAUGUAGAGUAUUCCAACUUCGGCCUUUAAAAUUGACGAAGGUAAUUCAACAAUAUUCUUUCUCAAUAUGCAAAACUACAAAGUUCACUGCAACUUUAAAAUAUGCAUAUAUAUAGAGGUAUAUACAUAUGUCUGUAUAUCUAGUUUUAGAUACUACACACUCUCUCCCUCUCUCUAUGUUAAUUCGCUCUCUCUCUUAGUAUUCCAUCACUUUGACCAUCCAUCCGCAAUUGCUGCACCACUCAUGCAUAUUGAGUCACCUCACAUGGUCUCCAAGGUCGGCCACCCUAGCAUUGACACAAAUUUUCUUUUACAUUUCGCUCCGGAAAACAAAAGUAUAUACAUAUAUUUUAGAUAUAAAUUUCUUGUUCUUCAUUUGUUUUAGCUUUAUAAGCACUUUAUCAUUUAUAUGGAAAAAGAGCUCAAAAAUUAUAUGAUUUAGAAUUUGAGGCAUAAAAUUUACAUUUCCACAUUUAUACAAGUUUUUCAAGUUCAAAUAAAAACCAGAAAAUUAGUUAAUUAAGCACAAAACGCAAAAAAAAGCAACUAAACAAUUUUCAUAGCUAAUAAGCAUUUUUUAUAAUGUAAGCCAGAAACAAACUGAUGAUAACUUUUUUGUAGAAUUGGUUAAAUGAGAACAAAUUUUGAAAAUAAACUUAAUAUACUUUAA